GAAAGUCACAUAGUUAAAUAAAAACGUUUUGAAUAAAAAGCAUAGACUGCAGCCUAUUAUAGAUUGAAUAGAAAUGCAUCUAGAAAGUAUUGCUAUAUUUCUUUGAGCAGCACAAACUCAAAAGUAGUAAGCAAUUUCUUUUAAAGUACAUUGCUUCUCAUUUUUUAAAAGGAUACCAAAGAAUUUAUAAUUGAACAAUACCGCCAAAUAGACUUGAUGGUCAAAAUAUUCAAAUUUGGUGGCGUUUUCAGGCUAAACUAUUAGAUCUCGAUUGCCUCAACUUUUGUUAACUAAUAUUUCCAUAGGUACGGUCACAACAAUAUCAAAAUCGACGCCGUUAUACGAAGAUGAAAACAAAUUUAAAUCAUUUCUUGUGGCCUCUAAAAUGAGAAAAAUUAAUAACUAACAUUAGAAAUUAAAUUUGUUUAUAUUUUUCAAGGUUUCAUAACAUUUGAUUCUCGUUUAAUAUUAUAAAAUUUUUCAUGAAAAAUAUUAAAAUCAUUUAUAGUAUUUUUCAUCCCUUGAUCAAAAAUGACUUAAAAGUAAUGAUGCAUCAAUUUGACUUGUACUUUAAUUGCUACUCAUAAAAACUCCAUAAGAUAUCUUUUUUCUUUAAAAUAAAGAAUUUCAUUCUAAACCUCCUAUUAUACCAUUUACUAGCUUUUUCGAAAUAAGCAAUGCUAUGCGCAGAAACACGUUUAAUGUUCAAACUGACAAUCCUUCUUUGGCUUGACGAUGGAUUAUCUUGUGAUUUGUUUAAAAAUGUAUCAUAUACGGUUAUUUCCAAUCGAAACAUUAUUGGUACUACAUUACAACAACCAGUGUUAGUUUUAAGAUCGGGAGAAAAGCAGUUUUUAAAUAUUAUUUUUAAUCUUACUUGCACUACUUCAGCUAACGUAUCUAUUAGAUUUAUAUGUACAUCUUGUUUUUGGGUAAAUAUAAGUAUUAAUAAUGUUCAACAAUCAUCUGCUUUAAAUUUGGUAAAGAAUGAAAAUUUAAUACUUUUUUCUGAUGCAAAAAUAAUAAAUCUUAAUAUUUCUUGGAUUCAAACUUUUAAUAAAAAUUUAUAUGAUGAUCUAAGAUUUGUAAUUCAAAGCUUCAAUGAAGUAUUAUUGAAUGAUUCAUUAGUUAAAUUAAAUAUACGUUUUUCUUGCAAAAAUAUUUGUGCUGAGUUUGCUCCUUCUGAUGCUGUACUUUUUAAAAAUAAUUCAUUUUCAAUCAAGAUAAAUUGGGAACAUCCGGCGUAUGAAAAUGCUACAUAUUUAGUAGAUUUUUUUAUGCAGCUUCCAAACUACUUAACUGUUACAAAUUUUGAUUGCACUCCUGAUGUUUUACUGAGUUUAAAUUUGAAUUUCACAAGAAUUAUUUAUAGAUUUAACCUUACUGCAAGUCUUGAAUCAAUCUUGUUUUUACGAGGAGUGGAAAAAGAUUUAUUUUUAUUAUCCACCAGCUAUUAUCACAUGGGUAUCUAAUCAAAACUUGUCAAAGUUAAAUGCUGGAGAUAAAGUUAUUGUUACAUUGAGC